AUCUACUAUCAAUCAUAAAAAUUGAUAGUAAAUGAUAAUCGCAAAAUGCAAGUGCUACCUUAUGGGUCGAUUUUUGUAGACUCCACUGUAACCACAUUUUUGACAUUUGUUUGUUUUGUUUUGUUCUGUGUAUCGGUAUUUUCCCGACUGUGUUUCGGAUCUGAUUCAAGUUCAUUUUCGAAAAUUUAUAUUUUACUGCUUUUCUAAUCCCUCUGAAAGAAAGCGUUUUCGGUCGGGCAGCAUGAACGAGGGAACCGAAACAGAUAGCGAUGCGGAUGCACCAGCAGCAGAAUAUCUGGAUGAUUUUGAGUUGCCGGAUGCAUGGAGUACGCAGCUGCCGGAGGAUCCUCUGGACAAAACAUUGGAUGAAUUGGAAAACUCGAGUGCCGCUAUCCAUUCACGUGAAAACGGACAGAGCAGUAUUUCCGAGGAUGGCGAAUGCUCCAUUCAUGUCGAGAAGGAUCUUUUCAGUUGUGUCCUGUUAGCAUAUAAACGGCAAUUCAAAGGUCAAUCUUCCGGAUCGUAUAUUGCACGCUGGCAAGUUACUGCCCAUAGUACUACAAGCUUCAUUCGUAAGGUAUGGAACUUGGCCAAGGAGCACUUGAAUAGAGAGGUUAUCUUUGAUGUGAAAGCGGACGGGACAACCUCCCCAGUGUGGGCGGAAAAUGAAUCUUCCUCUGAGAAGGAAUUUGGCAAGUUUGUGUUGUUUCAAUCGGGCCGUCGACACUACGUUCUGGAGAAGCUCACCGAAAGCAGCAACCUAUUACAAAGUUGGAGAAACAAGGAAAUAACAGUUCUUUUGCACGUGUACUCAUUGUCUGUGAGUAAUCGUACAGUCUGGAGCUCGGUGAAGGAGAACCUAAUCGACCCAUCUGAACGGGAUCGUUCGGGUGCUGCUACAACACAAGCUGUAAUCGGGCUGGCGGAUGAGCUCAGGUCAGUACACGGUAAACAUUUGGAUGUCCACGGUAUGGCAUGGUCAUUUUGGGCUAACUCCAUACUAAAUGGUCCUGCCCACCUGAGAGAAUCACUCAAGGAUCACCCUCCGCAGCAUCUUGCACAUCUGUUCCGUGUGAAGGAAGGAUUGCAUGUCAAUGCUAUUCGAAGAGAACUAUCAGUAGCACACAGCGUGAAUAAUAGUUAUCACGAAGAGGUCGUUGCAUUGCGGCAAGUUUUCGACGUAGUCGAAUCGAAUGUGGAAAGCUUGAACGCCUCACUGAAAAUGUUCAAGAUUCGUCUAGAGGCGUUGGAAUUACGAGACAGGCUGAGUGAUUCAAUGAUCAAUGCCAUGGAGACGGCAGUGAAGGUUCAGGAAGACGAUCUGGGACAGGAGUUGAAGUCAAAAAUCAUUGACAUGGAGGAUAUGGAUCACAUGUAAAAAUUUGGGUUUGUAUGUGCUUUAUUAAGUUUUAUGAACAAGGACAAGAAUUAUGUAUUUUAAUGAAAU